CAUUUUCUUAUCUUUUGCUCUUAGAACUAGGGUUUCAGACUUUAUAUACUCUUCUGCAAACAAAGGUUUUCGGCUGGCAGCACGAGUCUGGUAGAGAGGGAGAGAUCGAAGGAGAGGGAGCGACACUAUGAAGACUAUACUUUCUUCAGAGACGAUGGACAUCCCGGAAGGGGUGAAAAUCAAGGUGCACGCAAAGCAAAUCGAGGUCGAGGGUCCUAGAGGCAAGCUCUCCCGGAACUUCAAGCACCUCAAUCUCGAUUUCCAGCUCAUCAAGGAUGAGGAAACCGGAAAGCUCAAGCUUAAGGUGGACGCCUGGUUCGGAUCACGGAAGAGCACCGCCGCAAUCCGCACCGCCCUCAGCCACGUCGACAACCUUAUCACCGGUGUUACCAAGGGCUUCCGCUACAAGAUGCGCUUUGUCUACGCUCACUUUCCCAUUAAUGCCUCUAUCACCAACGCUAACAAGGCCAUUGAGAUCCGUAACUUUCUGGGCGAGAAGAAGGUUAGAAAGGUGGACAUGCUUGAUGGGGUUACAGUUCUUCGUUCCGAGAAAGUGAAGGACGAAUUGGUUUUGGAUGGUAAUGACAUUGAGCUUGUGUCACGGUCAUGUGCACUUAUUAACCAGAAAUGCCAUGUCAAGAAGAAGGAUAUCAGGAAGUUUCUUGAUGGUAUCUACGUCAGUGAAAAAGGCAAAAUUGAAGAGGAAAACUAAGCCCCUCAUAGUCUUCCAAAUUUUCCAUUUAGCUUCUCAUUUUGAAUAUUUUCUUGUCUCUUUUUAGACUUGUUAUGGAUUUAUCCAAAGAUUUUGGGGUUUCAAGCAAUGACGUGUACUAUUUAUUAAGUUAUCAUUUUGUGUGGUUAUUAAAUCCUACUAGUCUUAUACUCUUAUGGUGUUGACUUAUUUUUGUCCCAAUUUGUACAAUUGUACAGCUAAUGGUCGUCCACUCAGUCCCUUGUCUGGAUUCAAUUCUUCACAAUCAAAUCGCAAUGGCUCAUAUUUUAGAAGUACAGCGAAGGGUUGUGUUACUUUUGGAUCAGAAUUUCAGACCCAAACCAGAUAUAGCCUUGUGUUUAAGGAUGUUUUUAACUUGGACUGAAAGUAGGGG